AUGCCGCCUCCAGCGCCCACGUACACCAGGUACGAGACGCGCCGGCGCGACCCGGACCCCCGCAAGGCGGCUCUCCUCGUGAUCGACGUGCAGGGCCACUUCGCCUCGCUCGCCGCUCCGAUCAUGCCGGCGAUCGCCUCCACCGUCGCGCUCUGCCGCAGCGCGGGGAUGCCCGUCGUGCACACCCGCCACGUCGACCGAGACGACGUCCCGCGCAGCCGCCCGCUCCGCGAGUGGUGGCCCGGGGACCGCAUCGACGCCGGCACGCCGGCGGCCGAGCUGCUCCCGGGCGCCGGGCGCGCCGAGGGGGACCUCGUGGUGGAGAAGAGCACGUACAGCGCCUUCGCCGGCACGGGGCUGGAGGAGGCGCUGCGGCGGGCGGGCGCCGAGGAGGUGGUCGUGUGUGGCGUGAUGACCAACCUGUGCUGCGAGACCACCGCGCGGGACGCGUUCGUGAGGGGGUUCCGCGUGUUCUUCUCCGCCGACGCCACCGCCACGGCCAGCCGGGACCUGCACGAGGCCACGCUCGCCAACAUGGCCUACGGCUUCGCCUACAUCGUCGACUGCAUGCGGUUCGAGGCGGCGCUGGGGAAGGUGGCCAAGUGAGGUGAUCCGGGUGCUCUCCGCGCCUUUAUCUGUGACUCUGUGUCAGUUGAACUGCAUGCGCUUCUGGCUUCUGCAUCGCGUUCGUGUGCGUGCCCAAUGCAUCCUAGUGAUUGGGUCCCUUGUGUGUAUGCUUUUUGAACACCAAGUCUUCGUUGGAUCGGCCAACAUUAUGUACUUGUUCAGAUUAUGCUAUCUGUGUUUCCUCCUUUCUGCAGAUCCGAUUAUGCAGUGCUUGUUACUUGUUCACUGUUCAGAUAUCUCUUUGCAACCCAAAAAAAAACUUGUUCAGAACUCUGAUAUUGUGCUAUUAUCUGCCCAAAUAAUGUAAAAGGUAUGUGGAGAAUGAUGUGCGGAC